GCGGUGCUGACGGUCUGUUAUCGCGUGCUUUUUCAAAUAAACUAACAAUUCACAUAAAAUUGUCGAGCCGAGUAGACGUCCCGGUUUUUUUUUUGCGCAAUAAACAAAAAAAAAAAGUUUGCGUCGACGCGCUUAAUUAACUAAACUAGCAGCAAAUACCCAAACGUAUUAAACAAAUUAAAAUGCCCCAAAUCCAGAAGGCCGCUCCCGAUUUCUCCGGCACCGCCGUGGUGGGUGGACAAUUCAAGGACAUCAAGCUGAGCGACUACAAGGGCAAAUACUUGGUGCUGUUCUUCUAUCCGUUGGACUUCACCUUUGUGUGCCCGACCGAGAUAAUUGCGUUCUCGGAUCAUGCGGCCGAGUUCCGUAAGAUCAAUUGCGAGUUGAUUGGCUGCUCCACAGACAGCCAGUUCACCCACUUGGCGUGGAUCAAUACCGCACGCAAACAGGGCGGCCUGGGCAACAUGGACAUUCCAUUGUUGGCCGACAAAUCGAUGAAGGUGGCACGCGAUUACGGUGUACUGGAUGAGGCCACUGGCAUACCAUUCCGCGGCCUCUUCAUCAUCGAUGACAAGCAGAAUUUGCGCCAGAUAACCAUCAACGAUUUGCCAGUGGGCCGCAGCGUUGAGGAGACACUGCGUCUGGUCCAGGCAUUCCAGUAUACCGACAAGUAUGGCGAGGUGUGCCCAGCCAACUGGAAGCCCGGCCAGAAGACCAUGGUGGCCGAUCCCACCAAGUCCAAGGAGUACUUUGCCACCACAUCCUAAGCACCUCCAACGCCGGGCAACAAAUUUUGUUUGUCCCCCUCCCCAAUCUUUGGUGCAGUGCGUCGCCCCAACGCAGGCUGUUGAGAAGGAAGACAAGAAAAUCUAAUUGCGUCGCACUUGCAACCAAACAGAGGCUGCUCACACACACACACCUAUAUAAUAUUAUUAUAAUACAUACAUACGUAUACAUAUAUUAUAAACCUAGCGCUAGGUCGCAUGAAUGUACCCCCCCCCCCCCUAGCAACCCACACACACAAACGAACACAUGUAAUUUAAGCAGAAAGUUUCAACAAGUUCUGUUUACUUGCAACAAUAAAAGCCCGCAUUGAGUAGUAA